AUGGCCGCCGCCACAGCCGGCAGCACCCGGGCCAGGACGGCUAGAAAUAUCCCUCACCGCUCCCGCUUCGCAUCACCACGACCGCCGUUCGCGCGGACCACACCGCAGAUCUUGCUCCUCCUCCUCCUCCUCGUGGCGGUUUCGCCCUUAUUCCCCUCGCCCGCCCUCGCGCGCGUUCUCAACCGCCAUCGCCUGCGCCCGCUCUCCGCCGCAGAAUCCGCCGCUCUUUACGGCGCGAGCAACACGGGGCUCGGGGAUCCGGAUGGCGGCGGUGAGGGAGGCGACGCGGGGGAGCAGGGCGGGCGCGUGUAUGCGGCGGAGGGGUCUGACGGGGAGCCUCCGCCGCCGUCGCUGUCGCCGGCGAGCGAGGUGUUCGACAUCUGCAGCUUCGCAGGAGACAUCAACUUCACGGUGACGCCCACGUUCAUCGGCACCACGUGGAAGGGGUGGGGCACGUCCCUCGCGUGGCAGGGCAACUACAUAGGCGGGUUGGCGCAGGCGAACAUGGACGUGCUACUGGACGCCAUAUUCCAUAAGACCAAGGGCUUGGGGCUCAACAUAGUGCGCUACAACAUCGGCGGAGGGAACAGCGCGCUGCACAGCCCGCAGUUCGGGCGCGACCAGCAGACGCGCCUCAAGGCCAUGCCGGGCUACUGGCCUGCCGAGACCGCCGCGUUUGACUGGACGGCGGACCAGCGGCAGAGGAACGUGCUUUUUGGCGCGCGCGCGCGCGGGGCGAACGUGUUUGAGGCGUUCUCCAACAGCCCGCCGUGGUGGAUGACUGUGUCGGGGGACGUGGCGGGGGCCACGGGGAAGAACCAGACGAACCUGCAGCGGAAAUACGAGGGGAAGUUCGCGAAUUACCUGGUUACAGUGGUGCAGCAAUUCGCCAAGAACCCCGCGUGGAACCUCACGUUCGACUCGCUAGAGCCGUUCAACGAGCCGCUGGAGGGGUUCUGGAUGGCGGGCAACGGGCAGGAAGGGUGCAACGUGGACCCGGCAGCCAUGGGCAGAGUGCUGGCGCAGACCGUGAAGCUGCUCAAGGCGAGGCGCCUGCGCACGCGCGUGGCGGCGUUUGACAGCUGGGUGGAGAGCGCAGGCAGGGCGCUGGCGUCGAUGCGCGGCAUGCAGUCGGCGGCGCGCAUCAACGUGCACUCGUACAUGGACCCUGCGCCGCCCGGCAAGGACCCCGCGCGGCACACAGGGCAGGCGUACCUGGCAGUGCGUGAUAUAGCGAAGCGGCUGGGCAAGGAGGUGUGGGUGACGGAGGCAGGGCACAUGGGGCGGGGCGGGCACCCGUACGACUUGUCGCUGUACGUGGUGCGAACGGUCAUGGAGGCUGUCAACUUCAUGCAUGCCUCCGCCUUCGUCUACUGGAUGGCCUAUGACCCUGAUAUCGGCUGGGCGAUCGUGCGCUUCCCCUGGACUUAUCCUGCUGGUUACUCUGGCCCCAUCCCCAAUCCCGUGCUGACGAAGCGGUAUCACAUGUUUAAGAUGCUCACGAGCCUGGUGCGGCCCGGCAGCCAGCCCCUGCUGAUGCCGUCUAAGUGCUGGCACGGCAUAGUGGGGUUCUACCACCCUGGAGACCUCACUGUGAGUGUCUUUGUGGUGAACCAGAAGCCCACUGCUGCUCAGCUGUCCGUGAGCCUCGCUGGGUUUAGAAUGAACGUGAAUGGCAGGACGAGGGCUGUGGUGCGGCGCACCUCAUGGAUGCAGGACAUGGCCGAAGUGGUGCUUUCUCAAGGGAAGGCAGCGGCGAGUGUGGCAAUACAGGGCCGAAGCUUUGUUUCAAUCCACUUCACUAAUGUGCAGAGAAGUUUCCCAUGA